UUUUCUCAUGACGAAAAGGAAAAACACAGGCCUUCGGCACUUUGGCAAGUCUGCAAAUCCUCUCUCCCCCCGGGCGCUUCUCCGGCGGAACAUCACGACCGCGCCGUCGUAACCGUCUUCAGCUCGAACAAUCUCAAGCCGCGAAGCGAAGCCAAGUCGCGGCGGACGAUCCCCGACGACGCCGUUCGAUAUUCCGGGAAUGACUUCGAUGGUGCUCGGCGAGUGCUCGACUUCAGCCGCGUCUCGCCUCUUCCCCAUGGGCCUCCGCAAGGACGCCGUCGUCUUGGUCCGCAGGUUGUCGCUGCCUCGCCAUUCUCGUGCCUCGACGGACCCUCCCUCUCGCCGGACCCUCGCCACCGGCGCUUCUGCUCCGGCUUCGCCGCCACCUUCCGCUUCAGUGGCAAUCGAGGCUUGUGCCAAAGUGAUCGAUGGAAAACAUGUUGCAAAGCAAAUCAGAGAUGAGAUUUCAGCUGAAGUAUCUAGAAUGAAGGAGGCAAUUGGGGUUGUACCAGGGUUAGCAGUGAUUCUUGUCGGCGACAGGAAGGAUUCUGCUACAUAUGUACGCAACAAGAAAAAGGCUUGUGAGUCUGUGGGGAUUAACUCCUUUGAAGUGCAUUUGCCUGCGGACUCGAAAGAAGAAGAUGUUCUCAAGUUUAUCUCAGGAUUCAAUGAUGAUCCUUCGGUUCACGGCAUUCUUGUUCAGUUACCACUGCCUUCACAUAUAAAUGAACAGGGUAUCCUAAAUGCAGUAACUAUCCAGAAAGAUGUGGACGGAUUUCACCCAUUGAACAUUGGUCGACUUGCUAUGAGGGGUAGAGAGCCCUUGUUUGUGCCCUGUACGCCUAAAGGCUGCAUAGAGCUGUUGCAUAGAUAUGGUAUUGGUAUUAAGGGAAAGAGAGCCGUUGUGAUUGGCCGGAGUAAUAUUGUCGGGAUGCCUGCUGCUUUGCUACUUCAAAGGGAAGACGCAACUAUCAGUAUUGUCCAUUCAAGGACACAAAAUCCUGAGGAGAUCACAAGAGAGGCAGAUAUCAUAAUUGCGGCUGUUGGGCAAGCAAACAUGGUGAGAGGAACAUGGAUCAAACCUGGUGCAGUGAUUAUUGAUGUCGGAAUCAACCCAGUUGAGGAUCCAAAAAGCUCUCGGGGUUACAAGCUAGUAGGAGAUGUCUGCUACGAGGAGGCUUGUAAAGUUGCGUCAGCCAUCACUCCUGUUCCAGGAGGAGUUGGUCCGAUGACGAUAGCGAUGCUUCUCUCUAAUACUCUUACAUCCGCAAAGCGGGCACACAACUUCCAAUGAGUGUAGGAGAUCCAAGACAUGACUUUACAAUUUGGGUGACAGUUGUAGAAACUGUGCAAGAGGAAUAGUUAUUGGCGAGGCUGCUGUUUCCAGCAGGUGUCCUGACUCAACCAUGCUUUGGGUGCUCUUUUGUCCCUCCAUUGUCGGUUGAUCUAGUAGAUAGUGAAAUCAAUUUUUCCUCACCAGAGUCAAGCUCUCUAAGAGAGGAUUCUGUCAUUUGGAAAUCACUCAAAUGAUGGUACCGACAGAAGUUAUGCGGUGAAUUUUUCAUGAGAGAGGAAGAGAGAAUAUGAUAGCGUAUUUGAUUCUCACUUGGUGAGUUCAAAACCUAUUGUAGUGUUGUAAUUUUUGCUAAAUUCUUUUGCUGUUAGAUCCACAGAAGGACGAGUUAUUAAGAUCUCUGUUCUAUGCGUCCUUUAUUGGUUCUAAUUCUAGGGUAAGAUGCAACAACAGUAUGAUCGCCGAUUUCUUAUGCCAAAUGUAUGAUUAAACCUUGAGGUUUUGUAAUCAUCACUAAGGUACCAGUGAACUGUUCCUGAA